AGCAAAACGCAACUUUGACCAUCCUGGACUCAUUGCGAAGCUGCUAGCUCUCAACGAAAGGUGGAUUGCGGUGCCUUAUUGGAUGAGCAUUGAGGCACUGCCAAAGCGCAAGAAACCGCCAUAACUUGGAGAACGUGACACUACUCUCCUCCCGUCUUCGCCAAGCUCAACCCUGGCUUGUCGUUGAAUGCAUAAAGUGCUGCGAGGAUGCACCAAAGCGUGAUCACUCCCGUGAGCAUCGUGGAAACACGUGGUUGCAAGUUCGUCAUCUUUGAUGCCCCCAAUGACGCAAAUCUGCCCAUGUAUCUGCAGGAAUUGACGAAACUCAGUGUAGCGCAUGUCGUUCGAGUGUGUGACCCCACGUAUGGUACACGACCGCUCGAAGAGGCCGGCAUCGAAGUUCAUGACUGGCCGUUCCCUGACGGAGACCCUCCGCCAGACAACAUCAUCUCCAAGUGGCUGGGGCUGGUGAAAUCGACUUUUGUUGACAAGGCGGACCCGCCGAAAAAGAGCAUCGGUAUCCAUUGUGUGGCCGGUCUUGGGAGGGCCCCAGUGUUGGUUGCGAUAGCACUGAUUGAAAAAGGAAUGGACCCUCUAGAUGCCGUGCAGACCAUCCGAGGAAGGCGGAGAGGCGCUAUCAAUGCGAAGCAGCUCAGUUUCCUCGAAAGUUACAAGAGGAAGAGCAAGAAGGACUGCUGCGUCAUGUGAGGGGCAAACAGUCUCAUAUUUGAUUGAAAUUAUUCAACUUCAUGUUUACAUGUCUUUGGAAUCAAGAAAAACACGUCUCAGUG